AUGGUUGAAGGAGAGGUUGUCCAGUCGAAAAAGUCCUUUAUGGGCAUGCCCGGGUUUGUGGUUGACUUCUUGAUGGGCGGUGUGUCCGCUGCCGUCUCGAAAACUGCUGCUGCACCCAUCGAGCGGGUGAAGCUGCUUAUCCAGAACCAGGAUGAGAUGUUGAAGACUGGUCGGCUCGACCGAAAGUACGACGGUAUCAUCGAGUGCUUCACAAGAACGGCCAAAAAUGAAGGCGUGAUGUCACUAUGGCGAGGAAACACGGCAAAUGUCAUUCGAUAUUUUCCAACCCAAGCUCUCAAUUUCGCAUUCCGCGACACAUACAAGUCAAUGUUUGCGUAUAAGAAGGACCGCGAUGGCUAUGCGAAGUGGAUGAUGGGUAAUUUGGCAUCCGGAGGUGCAGCUGGAGCUACAUCCCUUCUCUUCGUCUACUCCUUGGAUUUUGCUCGUACGCGUUUGGCAAAUGAUGCAAAGAACGCUAAAACUGGAGGUGCACGCCAAUUCAAUGGUCUCGUAGAUGUCUACAAGAAGACUCUAGCUUCAGAUGGUGUCUUGGGUCUCUAUCGUGGUUUCGGUCCUUCGGUCGCUGGUAUCAUUGUCUACCGUGGUCUCUAUUUCGGAAUGUAUGACUCCAUUAAACCCGUCUUGUUGGUUGGUAGUCUCGAAGGGAGCUUCCUGGCUUCCUUCUUGCUUGGUUGGACUGUCACCACUGGCGCCGGUAUCGCUUCGUAUCCUCUUGACACAAUCCGUCGUCGUAUGAUGAUGACGUCCGGUGAAGCCGUCAAAUACAAAUCUUCCCUCGAUGCAGGUCGCCAAAUCAUUGCCGCUGAAGGUGUUAGGUCGCUAUUCAAGGGCGCAGGUGCCAAUAUCCUGCGUGGUGUCGCCGGUGCUGGUGUACUCUCGAUCUAUGAUCAAGCCCAGCUGCUCAUGUUCGGCAAGGCCUUCAAGGGGGGAUCUGGCUAG